AUGAACUGUAACGGAGAAUUCACUGUCACUCUCACUUACAACCAAACUUCAACAAAGGAAACGGUAUAUGUCGUAGAAAGCUUAGCACGACCACUCCUGAGUAGAUCUGCUGCAGUGAAACUAAACCUUCUAUCAAGAUUGUAUGAACUGACAACUGAUGACUACAAGCCAAAAGUGAUGCGUGACUACCCACAGUUGUUUGAGGGACUGGGUACCAGGAAAGAUGAGUACACCAUCAACAGUCCGGAAUAUCCCUAAAUUUAAGGACAGGGCCAACUGGUCAUGCGACACUUUUCAACCAAUGAGAAGGCGCGCUUGUGUUUAUCAACAAACAAAUCAAAACAUCGCCCCAGUGAUCAAAAAUUUUCAAAACAACGGACGGAGUCGGACAGAAUUAAAGAUGAGCUUACAGUACUUGUCUAGGUUUCACAUUUAAUAUUUCAAAGAAAACAUUUCAUGUAAGAGAAUAAGAGCAUUAAUCAUUGCAAGGAAUCAUUGGGGUGUUAGAGCUGAUUCUGGACCGAUCGCAGAGGUCAUGGCUUCACUGGCAUGGCUUGCAAGAUUUUUGAUAGAAGCAGCAAACUGGUCCCGUGUAAAUAUAACCUUAGAGAGAGUGUGAAAAUUUGUUGAGAUCGUACAAAACAGGAUUGGCACUACCUGAUUAACUUCUACGGGACAAGAAUCAAAGAACUAGUCAUCAUAUAACAAGAAUAGAAAGUAGUUCAAAUUUAUUAAUUUUUCUUGUUUGUUUUUUUGUGUUGUUUCGUGUUGACUUCUCGCAUCUGGUGCUUUCUUUGCUUGCUGUAGUACAGUGCAUGUUCAAUGAGUAGCGAAAUACAUCAAUUAAAAUUGAGAUUUGUCUUGUUUCUUUGAUUCUUUUUUAAUGGUGGAUGAACAUUUGGAGAAUCCAACAACAAAAUCUUUCCAGAUUAGUGAAUUUCAGAAACAAAGCGGUUAGUAUCUACCUUGCGCUUAUGAUCUUCAAUUCAUCCCCGCGAAUUCGGCAAAGUGAGGCGAGAUGUUGGAUGUGAAUAUCCAUAAGACUCACAAAGUUGUUUUGGCCUUGAAAAGAAAAAAGUCAAAAGCUCGUACUAAUGCGAAAAAAAGUAAUAACACGGCUCUGUGAGAAACCCGGGAGUGGAAAAAGUCUGUGUUUUGGACCUCGGAAUUCAAAAGUUGUCUACCAAAAUUCUAGGUUGUCUACCAUCCCCACAUUCAACAUUAUAAAAGUUAAUCGAUACGACAAUCGAGGAAAAAUAUCUAGAACUUCGUAAAAAAUCUGUGAAUCGAAAAAAUGAUAGAUACUUGUUCACCUACCUUGAAAACCAAUCAAAAUCUCGCCUAUACAUCGCGUUGUUUAAAAGAUAAAAGAAGAAACAAGCCACAAAAUGUGCUGAAUAUUUUAGGAAACACUUCCAAUAAGGCUUCCGAUACGCUUUCCACUUAAAAAAAAUGUGUAUGCCUCAUGAAAAGUCUUAAAAAUAUGCCUGAGAGCCUCGAAAAGAUGAUUGAUUCUGUCCGACUCCGUCCAUUGUUUUGAAAAUUUUUGAUCACUGGGGUGAUGUUUUGAUCAUCCGAGGACGUGUUUUGAUUAAUUUGUUUGUUGAUAAACACAAGCGCGCCUUCUCAUUGGUUGAAAAGUGUCGCGUGACCAGUUGGCCCUGUCCUUAAAUUUAGGGAUAUUUCGGACUGAUCAAGCUUAAAGAUGAUGCAAAACCCUUUGCACUGACUGUGCCAAGAAAGGUCCCUAUGCCACUGUAUGAAGAAACCAAGCACGAAAUUGAAAGGAUGUUAAAGAGUGGAGUGAUUUCGCCUGUGGACCACCCAACUGAAUGGUGUGCUCCAAUGGUAGUAACCCCUAAACCAAAUGGUUAAGUCAGAGUGUGUGUAGACUUAAUAAAGCUCAAUGAGUAUGUUCAGCGUGAGAAUCACCCUCUUCCCUCCGUGACCUCACCUUGGGAAAGCUAG